AUGAGAGAAAUUUCCCAUCUUCAUCAUCCAAAGAUGUCAGACAACAAUAAUAAUUCCACACAUAAAUUAGUAAAUCUACCACAUAUUUUAUUAUCAAACAUUGUUGAUAAUUUAACAGAUAAUAUCGAUAAGAUUUGUUUUAGUUUAGUUUGUAAAAGAUGGUUUGAAAAUAGAAAUAGAUAUCUAUUGUUUGAUACAAACACUUUAUAUUGUAUCGAUAAACAUAAUUCAAGAAUCAAAUUGAAUUCAUAUAGAUCUAUAAUAUCUGAAUCACUUAGCAAAAAGAAACAACGUAAUAUGUAUGUCACUCAAGAUAAAAAUGAUAUUGGUCAUUAUGAUUAUAUAAUAGAUUAUGAUUCAAUUGUCACUAUAGAUGAAAUCGAUCAAAGCAUAGUGACGGUAAUACAAAGCAUGGAAAUGCUGUUAAGAAUAGAGCAGGAAAAAUUGUUUACAAAACUUUAUCAAUUGAUCAGUAAAUCGAAUGUAACUUGUAUAGAGGAUUGUCAGACAUUAAAGUAUGGAAUACCAAUGAAUAUCACCUCAUUGACAUUCAGUUUCGAUUUUAAUGAACCGCUGUUCAAAGGUUGUUUUCCACCCAACUUGAAGAAACUAAAGCUUGAUGGUACUUUCAAUCAGGUGAUUGAAGUAGGUGUGUUACCUGAUACAUUGGAGAAGUUCGAGACUUCUACUAUCAAUCAAAUAUUGGAGCCUGGAGUAUUACCGACAUCAUUGAAGAUUUUUAAAAUGUUGACUCCGGCACCUGAUAACUAUCUCAAAGUUGGAUCGCUACCACCAAAUCUACAGAAAUUCGUUCACUAUGGUGGAGAGGAUGAUAAUAUUGACCUUAACGUUCUACCAAAUUCGCUGAUCAAACUCGAUAGUGUACCUUUGUCAUGGAUGAAGUCAAUCAAGCAACUCGAGAAUCUUAGAUCACUAAUGUUGAAGGAAAGCUCAGGUUUAUUAGAUCUUGCAGAUCUACCUAAAUCAUUGACAAGACUGUACAUUUCCUACUCGGUAACAUUAAAAUCGGCACUACCUACUUCCAUAAGACAUCUUACUCUUUCCAAUUCAAAGUAUGACAUUGAUGAAUUGUUCCCGGAUCGAUCACUUUAUCAUUUGGAAAGUCUACAGCUGUCGGCAUUCAAACAAGAAUCUCUUGAUGGAUUGGAUAUCAAGUGUUUACGUCUCGUCGAUUAUCGUAGAGCAGACAUUUCCCAAUUGAUCAGAGCCGUUCCAUUUGGUGUUGAAAGGCUUGAAAUUGUUUUAGGAGAUGGCUUUGAUCUUAUCAAACAGAAUUCACUUCCAUCAUCAUUGAAAACACUCGAUAUUGAUAAUUUAGACAGUUUAACCCGUCCAGGUAUUAUUCCAAACUCUGUGAACCAUCUUAUCAUCAGAGAUCACAGAUCUGGCAUUGUUAUACCCGAAGGAGUUCUCCCAGACUCUGUUCAAAACAUUAAAGUGACAAAAGCUUUGUUUCCAACCAGUAAAAUGGUUGAUAAUAUUACCUUUAAAAAUUACAAUGGUAAGAAGUGUUCGAUUCGAAAACUUGAUGAUCAAUAUUACAUCGUAUUUGGUCAUCAAAAUUACGAAUUCAUUGCAAGUCUAUUCCACAAAUCAAUGUUUUUAGACAAAGUUAAAGUUCUAAAAAUUAUUACUGAUAAUAUCGAUAAGAUUUGUUUUAGUUUAGUUUGUAAAAGAUGGUUUGACAAUAGAAAUAGAUAUCUAUUGUUUGAUACAAACACUUUAUAUUGUAUCGAUAAACAUAGUUCAAAAAUCACUUUGAAUUCAUAUAGAUCGAUAAUAUCUGAAUCACUUAACAAAAAGAAACAGUGUACUAUGUUAUUAAUUUCACAACAUGGCUAUAUUAAUCUUUUUAAUCGCUUUGAUCAUUUUAUAGAUAUUAAUUCGAUUGAAAGUAUAGAUCAAAACAUAGAAACGGUUUCAUUUAAGAGAUUGUCACUUCGAGAUGUCCCAGAUAAGCUAUUUACUCGACUUUAUGAUUUGAUUAGUAAAUCAAAUAUAUUGGAACCUGGAGUAUUACCAACAUCAUUGAAAGUUUUUAGAAUCUCUGGUUCAGCACCUGAUAACUAUCUCAAAGUUGGAUCGUUACCACCGAAUCUACAGGAAUUCAUUCAUAAUGGCAAAGAUUUUAAUAUAGAUUCAAAUGUUCUACCAAAUUCAUUGAUCACACUUGAGAGAGUACCAGUGUCAUGGAUGAAGUCAAUCAAGCAACUCGAGAAACUUGAAUCACUGUGGCUUACUGAAGGUAUUGGUUUAUUAGAUCUAAGUGAUCUACCUCAAUCACUGACAAGACUGGACAUUUCCUGCUCAGUAAAUUUACAAUCAUCAUUACCUACUUCAAUCAGACAUCUGAAUAUUGCCAAAUCCGAGUAUGACAUCGAUGAAUUGUUCCCGGAUCGAUCACUUUAUCAUUUGGACUAUCUACAGGUUUCACCAUUCAAACAGGAAUCUCUUGAUGGCUUGGAUAUCAAGAUAUUGCGUAUCAAUGAACAUCCUAUCAUCCCGGGAACACUCAGAGCUAUUCCAUUUGGCGUUGAAACGCUUGAGAUUGCUGCAUGGUAUGAAUUUAAGUUCAAUAAGAAUUUACUUCCAUCGUCAUUGAAAACACUCGAUGUUUGCAAUAUGAGGAGUUUCACACAUGCAGGUAUUAUUCCAAACUCUGUGAAUCAUCUUAUCAUUCAGAAUGGAUAUGACAGUGAUACUGAAGAAGGAAUUAUCCCAGACUCUAUUCAAAACAUUAAAAUGGGAAGAGUUGCAUUUCCAACAAAAAUGGUUGAUAACAUUUCAUUCGAAGAUUUCAGUAAUAAUAAGUGUUCGAUUCGAAAACUUGAUGAUCAAUAUUACAUUGUGUUUGGUCAUGUAAAUAACGAAUUCAUUGCAAGUCUUUUCCACAAAUCAAUGUUUUCAGACAAAGCUAUAAAAAUCCUUAGUGGAAAAUAA